AUGUGUGUAUUUAAAAAAGUUAUUGCAGUGACGUCAAAACCAGCAGCUCUUAAUGCAGUAGAAUACGAGAUUCUUAUUGAUAUGGUUUCGGAUAGCUACUAUCAGACAUCGUUUAAAAGCAAACCAAUAUCUGAAUUUUGGGCUCAGUUAGGGGAAGAUCAUGCAAUAUUAAGUUCAAAACCUAAACUGCUUUUACUGCCUUUUGGUACUACGUAUCUUUGUGAAACCGCUUUUUCGAGGUAUACAGCUACAAAAACCAAAUAUCGAUCACGUUUGGAUGCAGAAAACGAUAUGCGUCUUCAACUGACUUCUGUGAUACCGGACAUCGACAAACUCAGUAGUAAAAAGCAGGCCCAUUGUUCACAUUAA